GCUGCAGGGCAACAGGAGAUAAAUUGGUUGGCUGACCGUUGGAUCACGUCCAAUUAUCUGCGACAUCGUGGACCACUUACAGUCUUCUCGAGUCCUUGCAUGUCUUUUCCCAAGCAGGAUUUUCGCAAUGUCAUCGAUUUUACGCACUUUACGGCUCAAGCUAUCUAUGGAAUGUGCGAAUUUAAAUAUUUACUGGAGCAUGAUCUUAUCCCGGUGCACAAGAUGGAUGAAUACGAUCUGGACAACAGUCAGUUUCACAAUGUGUUUGGCACGGUGCGAAAGCCACAAAAGUCCUGUGAUACGCUUGAGCAAUGCAACUCCGACUAUGUGAUUGUGAUACACCAAAAUAAUUUCCAUAAGUUGCCCGUUUACACGGCUGAUGAACGUAUACUUAAUAUCAACGAACUGCGCAAUCGGCUGCUUGGCAUUGUGCACGGCAAUCAAGCGAUGGGGCCAGAGAUAGGCUUGCUCACCCACGACACGCGCGACAACUGGGCAGAUGCAUAUGGAGCACUGUGCAGCCAAGAGCACAAUGCCAAUGUGGUGCAGUGCAUCGAGGAGGCGCUCUUCACGGUCUCGCUGGAUGAGAUGGUGCAGCUGCCUUCCAAGGGACAGGAGCGUACAUUAGUCGCUAAGCAGUUGCUGCAUGGCGGGGGCCUUAACAGCAACAGCGCCAAUCGUUGGAUGGACAAGACGAUGCAACUGAUUGUGAAUCCCAAUGGUAUGGCCGGCAUCUGCAUGGAGCAUGCACCGGCUGAUCCGCAGCCAGUGGUGAGCAUCAUGAACUACGUGCAGAGCAAUAUCACUAAUCCAGAGUACGGCAAUGAUGACGACAUCAUUGGAUUAGUCGAGCAACCUCAUCAACUGCACUUUACGGAGCUGGAUCAAGGCAUUGAUCUCUGGCUGGGUGCGGCAAGAAGCAGCAUCAAUAAGAUCAGCAAUCGUCUGGAGAUGGAGGUCUUCAAGUUUCCCUGCUACGGCAAGUGUCUGAUUAAAUCGCAGGGAUUAUCCCCGGACAGCUUUAUCCAGAUGGCACUGCAACUAGCUUUCUAUCGCCUGCAUAAUGAGCUGCCGGCACAAUACGAGUCCGCGCACUUGCGCAUCUUUAAGUACGGACGCACUGAAGCCAUUCGCUCCACUUCCAUGAAAUCUCUGGCUUUUGUCACGGCCAUGACAUCGAAGAACGCCUCGCUGAAGCAACGUUUGAUGGCAUUAGGAGCUGCUGUCGAUGGCCAUCAGACGCAAACCAAGUUGGCAAUGCGAGGACACGCCGUGGAUCGCCAUCUCUUCGGCUUAAUGCAGAUGGCAAGGGAAAAUGCUAUGCCGUUGCCCGAAUUCUUUUGCUCCCUCGGCUAUUUGAAGUCAACACAAUUCCGUGUGCUCAGCGCACAGAUUGCGACGUCGCACGAUGGCUUUAUGGCCUUUGGACCGCACACCUCGGAGGGUUAUGGUUGCUGUUACAAUCCUCGCGAGAACGACAUCAUUUUGGCUAUCUCUUCGUGGAACCUCAAGCCGCAGAUUAGCGCCUUGAACUACGCCAAAGCCAUCGAGUUGGCACUGGCCGACAUGGGACAAUUGAUAUUGGAAGCUGGCGGAUAUUGUGCUGCAAAGGCGGCAACUGAUUGCAAGAAGGAAGUCAAGGAAUGAUUUUCGAAAUCCAAUUUGUCGAUAUUUUUAUUUAACGAUACUACAUUAAAGUGGCUCAGGCAUAAGAAAUUUUAAAUUGAA